AUGUCGACACAAGCAUAUAAAUACACAGGUCCGGUGGAUUGCGAUGUAAUCCCGGACAAGACAAAGUGCAGAGGCAAAAGUGUUGUAGUGACUGGAGGCGCACAGGGACUAGGCGAGGCAUAUGUUCGCGAGUUUGUGCAAGCCGGCGCAUUCGUGACAUUCUGUGACAUCAAUGAAGAGAAAGGGGGAACUUUGCAGGAGGAGUUGACGAGGGACAAAGUGUGUUUCGUCAAAUGCGAUACCCGGGUCUGGGAGGAUCAAGUCAAAAUGUUCGAGGCAGCCGUUGCCAUGUCACCUAACAGCAGCGUCGAUAUUGUCAUCGCAAAUGCUGGGGUUGGAAGAGGUGCUGGCGAUCCCAUGAUGCAACUGGAAGACCCCUUUUCCACCCCAACAAAACCAAGCACCCACAUCAUCGACAUCAAUCUGGUUGGAGCCUUGUACACUUUCAAAUGCGCCGUCCAUUAUUUCCGACGUAGUCCCCUGAAUGAGGAUCGAGAUCGUUGCUUCAUCUUCAUCGGCAGCGUCGCGGGUUACGUGGACAAUCUGGGAAGCUGGGAGUACGCGGCAGCCAAGUUUGCCCUCCGAGGCUUUAUGCGUGUUGUUCGUCGGCACUCGCACCAUCAAGGUAUCAGAGUCGCUUAUAUUGCGCCCUGCUGGAUUCGAACCGUUAUCCAAUCCGCCGCAACUUACGAGAGUUUGGCGGCUAAGGGUGUCGAAUUUGCCACCGUAGACAGCUGCGUGGCUGCCAUCAUGAGAGUUUCUUGCGACAAAGAGAUUAAUGGACAUUCAUUUGUCAUUGUUCCAUCUACCCUGGCAAAGGCUGGGUUUUGUGACGCGCAGCAGGACGAUUGGACUGAUCAAGACUUUUGGAUGGAAAAACUGCAGAAGACUGUGUUAAAAGUGAGAGGAGAUGAUUGGAGCUAA